AUCAUGGAGAACACCACACUCAAGAGACGCGGCGUAGGGCCGCAGACUGCUCCAAAUCUCAGAGCAACUGAGAGCUUUGAACCGGGACGCCUCGGAGACAUGCUCUGACCAGACGCAUCACCCUGACCGAGACCUGCCCUCCUGCUUUCUCUCGUACCAGCGACGUCGCCAAUGGUCUGCAGGUACAGCCCAAGACCGCUACAUCAAGAUGGCUUAGCGAGUGCUCAAAGGGUGGGUGUCUGGGAGUAGGUCACGUAGCAAGAUCACACAUUGACAGAUUGGGCUGGUCUGACGAGCCCGAGUGAGCAUAUAUGCUGCGCAGCUGCCGGCAUACAAUCUGUGAUUGCUUAGACACACAGAAAUCCACUCGCCGCUGUCCCCGAAGACACCCCCGAGAAGAAUCGCAGCAACCUCUUCGCACCCGCAACCAUGGUAUUCCAUCAAGACCUUGGCCCGAUUCCCGAAGAUCGCUUCAUCGUCAGAGUCAAAAGGCAAAGUCGAUUGGUGGUCGAGCACUUGAAAACCACGCUGCCCAAGCUCGUCAGCACGACAGGAGAAGGCCCCAUUCAAGCCUGGAUCAACGACGUUCACAUCCAACAAGCCCAGGACGAGCUCCCACAGCAGACAAGCGUCAAGCAGACCAAGGAAGAGCCGGAAAGUGCAGAGCGAGCGCAAUCGAAGGACAGGCAGAGUCAAGAGUCAGAAUGGAUAUAUGGCAACCCCAGCCUCAAUGUGAUCGAGACCUGUCGCGUCUAUUGGGGUGUCGUCUGCAACACAAACUCGGUGAGACGGCUGCGGAAGGGUUUGGGGCAUCAGAGGCAGGCUUCGAGUAAUGCCGCCUAGGCGGGAGCAGAGAGUAGUCAGCACGACGAGGUUAUGGGGAGCAGAUACCAGAAGCACGAAGAAAAUAAGAGCCGGGCUUGUAUUUCACUGAUUGGCCUUCUGCGACACCUAUAAUAUCCCCAGACUC